AUGCCUUCUCCUAAAGCUAAAAACGCUGUUCAGAGCGGUGGAAAGCCGGUGCUCGGUAGCUCCAACGGCCGCUACGAGUUCAUGUCGCUGACCAAGCCGUUGAACCUGUCCUUGCCAUCGCAUGUCCUCCAGCGACAGGGCUCCGAGCCAGCCACGAGCAGCGAGGUGGGGGGGAGCUACAUGGAGGAGGAGGGUCUUAUAAGAACUUUGGACCUCCUACAUGGAAGUGGUGAGAAGUUGGACUGUAGUCUCACCGAUCGUCACCCUCGGAGUCCAAAGUCCCUUGGAGAACCUAAAAUCACCAACCCCUACGACAAAGCCUUGGCACUUGCCCUGGGUGUGAGGAGAAGACAGGGGAAGGCACCUGCAGCAGCAGCAGCAAGAAAGGUGUGGGGGCACGAGACCCUCAGGUCCAGAGAGCACUUGGGGGAAUUCCGGCUGCAGGAGCUCCGCUUUCGCUGUGGCCGGUUCCAGGGGUCAUUUUGGCUCAACAGGGAGCAGACAGAGUGUAGCUCCAGUGUGGACCAGCAGGAGCCAGAGCCCCCCCCACACAUUAAAGAGGAACAGGAGGAUCUGUGUGUCAGUCAGGAGGGAGAGCAGCUUCAAGGGCUGGAGGAGGCUGAUAUCACCAAGUUCCCAUUCACUCCUGUCCCUGUGAAGAGUGAAGAUGAUGAAGAGGAAGCUCAGUCCUCACAGCUUCAUCAAAGACAAACUCAACACAUGGAAACAGAAGCGGAUGGAGAGGACUGUGGAGGACCAGAACCAGCUAGCAGCUCACAUCCACUUUUACAACCAGAUACUGAAGACCAGACUGGAGACUCUUCUGAAUCUGAGACUGAUGACAAUGCUGAUUGGAAGGAGACCAGAGAACCUCAGUCAGCUUUAAACUCUCUGAAACAUGAUUCAACAUGUACAGGAGAAAAACCUUUCAGCUGCUCAGUCUGUAAGAAAUCUUUUACACAGAGUGGAAAUUUACAGAAACACAUGAGAACUCACACAGGAAAAAAACCUUUUAGCUGCUCAGUUUGUAAGAUAUAUUUUACAUAUAGUGGAAGUUUACAGAAACACAUGACAAUCCACACAGGAGAAAAACCUUUCAGCUGCUCAGUCUGUAAGAAAUCUUUUACAGCGAGAGGAGGUUUAUGGUCACACAUGACAAUCCACACAGGAGAAACACUUUUCAGCUGCUCUGAGUGUGAUAAAGCUUUCACUGAAAGUGGACACCUGAAGAAGCACAUGAGAAUCCACACAGGAGAAAAACCUUUCAGCUGCUCAGUCUGUAAGAAAUCUUUUACACAGAGUGGAAAUUUACAGAGACACAUGAGAACUCACACAGGAGAAAAACCUUUCAGCUGCUCAGUCUGUAAGAAAUCUUUUACACGGAGUGGAAGUUUACGGGCACACAUGGUAGUCCACACAAGAGAGAAAAGAUUCAGCUGCAGUGUUUGUAACAAAAGAUUUGCCUGGCGUUCUCUUGUCAAAAGACAUAAAUGUGUUGGUCCGAUGGAAACAGAAGCUGAUGGAGAGGACUGUGGAGGACCAGAACCAGCCAGGAACUCACAUCCACUUUUACAACCAGAGACUGAAGACCAGACUGAAGACUCUUCUGAUCCUGAGACUGGUGACAGUGCUGAUUGGAAGGAGACAAGAGAACCUCAGUCAGCUUUAAACUCUCUGAAACAUGAUUCAAGAUGUAAGAAAACAUUCAGCUGCUCCGAGUGUGGGAAAAGAUUUGGCACCAAGUCACAUCUGAAGACACACAUGAGAACUCACACAGGAGAAAGACCUUUUAGCUGCUAUGAGUGUGGUAGAGCUUUCUCGGAUAGUGGAACCCUCAAGAAACACAUGAGAACUCAUACAGGAGAAAAACCUUUCAGUUGCUCUGAGUGUGGUAAAGCUUUCUCGGAUAGUGGAACCCUGAAGAACCACAUGAUAACUCACACAGGAGAAAAACCUUUUAGCUGCUCAGUUUGUAAUAAAUCUUUUACACGAAGUGGAACUUUAAAGAAACACCUGAGGAUCCACACAGGACAAAAACCUUUUUGCUGCUCUGAGUGUGGUAGAGCUUUCACUGAACGUGGAACCCUGAAGAGACACAUGAGAAUCCACACAGGAGAAAAACCUUUUAAGCUGCUCAGUCUGUAACAGAAGAUUUGCCUGGCAUUCUGAUUUCAACAGACAUAAAUGUGUUGGUCCGAUGGAAACAGAAGCUGAUGUAGAUGACUGUGGAGGACCAGAACCAGCCAGGAACUCACAUCCACUUUUACAACCAGAUACUGAAGACCAGACU